AUGAGUUUCCCCCCGAACCCCAAGCCCUUCCUGAAUGGGCUGAGAGGGAAGCCGGUGAUGGUGAAGCUGAAGUUGGGGAUGGAGUACAAGAGCUACCUGGUGUCUGUUGAUGGCUACAUGAACAUGCAGCUUGCAAACACAGAAGAAUACAUAGAUGGUGCAUUGUCAGGGCACCUUGGUGAAGUUUUGAUAAGAUGUAACAACGUCCUGUACCUCAGAGGAGUAGAAGAAGAUGGAGAAAUGAGAGAAUAA